CUCUUCGCUGAUUGCUUGAUAGAUUGCGCGAGCAAUAAAACUACUUAAUUUAAUACCAAGUAAUACAUAAUAUAUCACCCUGCUUCUUGAAUAGGGAUUAUUACUGUAGGUGUUGGUUCGACUUAAUUUGGUGAAUUUAUAGGAUUUGCUUGGGAUUUGCAUUGGAUUAGACGUCACCAAACGAGUUAUUAAAAUGGGAAAUGCAAACAGUCUCAAACAUCAUUUAGAAAAUGCUCAGAAGACCGGAGUGUGCGCUCUUCCAAAGAGGGGACUGAGUGAGGUCCCCGCAGAUCUUCUGAAGGUGGCCGCCAGUCUGCGCACCUUGGAUCUCUCGGAAAACAAACUCUCUUCUCUACCGAGUAGCAUGCAGGCAUUUCCACAACUGAAACAUCUGAACUGUUCUCAAAACAAAUUGACUCAACUGCCCGACACCCUGGGAGCUUUGACCAAGCUGGAAACAUUGCUGAUGUCGUACAACAAGAUCACCAAGCUGCCGGACGUGCUCAGCGCACUGAAAAAUCUGAAAACAGUCAACCUCAGUCACAACCAGCUGUCGGAGGUGCCCGGCUGUCUGCUGUCGCUGCCGCAGUUGGACGUGCUGGACCUCUCCAGCAACCUCAUAACGAGCGUGCCGGCCUCGGCGGCGGCACUGCGCUGCUCCGAGCUCAACCUCAACGACAACCAGAUAAACCGCGUCUCCGCGGAGCUAGCCGACUGCGAGCGGCUGAAGAUCCUCCGUCUGGAGAGCAACUGUCUGUCGCUGGACGAGUUUCCCGCGCGGCUGCUGGCCGACUCUCACGUCUCGCUGCUGGCGCUCGACGGUAACGUGUUCGAGGUGAAGCAGCUCGCCGAGCUGGACGGCUACGAGAAGUACAUGGAGAGGUAUACUGCCACGAAGAAGAAGAUGUUCUAAGUGUUUCCUGCGCGCCCUAUCACCUCAGCAGUCCCGCCCAAGAGUCGAUGUUGCAUCGGUUCAACUCGGAUCGGUAUGUGUUCAACGUAUGCUAGCAACAGUCCUGCAAUAUCGGCUUUUCUCGGGUCUAUUAUAUCUCGCCUGCUUUAUGAAAGCUACGUUCGUCAUCACACUUCCCAAGAACUGCUACGAGCGUGUCAUAUUUUUGUAACUGCGCUAUCGCGAUGGUGGAUGAUUAUACAGUCUAGUCCGGAAUAUUCGGCACAGUGGCUGCUACGAAGCUGCUUUAAGAAUGAGAAGUAAAUGCUGCAACAUCGAA